UGCAGUUCGCGGCAGACGACAGUUCAGAGUUCAGAAAGUAGAAGAAUGCACGCGCUGCUCAUGCCCAAUGACUUCCGGAAAUACAAACAUGCUGCAAAGUUUUUGAUUUUAUUUUUAGUAUUAUUUUAUCUCAGUUAAAAGUAAAACAAUGACCUCAAAGGAUACAGACACGCUGAUCAUCUUAAUUUAUCGCUAUUUAAAGGACAACGGUUACAAGAAAGUCGCCACCGCGCUGAGAAAGCACGCGCCACAGAUUGAUAUUGCACCGUGCAUUGACUGUAGUGCAAUAGUGGAAACUGAAGAAGAAGUGAAAGUGUCUCUAAGUGAAAUCUUUAAGAGUUGGUCAAGGGAACAGAAGAGGCAUAAGAAGGCAGGCAAUCAUCUGACAGGUGCUCGGAAAAAUGAUGCAUCAGAAAGCUCAGAUGAUCCUUCAGAGCCUCCUGAUGUUCAGACACCUGAGCUGAGUCCUGCAAUAGUAAAUGCACAAAGUCCUAAAAAACCUGUUAAGACGAAUAUCAGGAAGACAUCAGCAUCAAAGAAACAGAUGAAAAAAGAAACUGUGACAAAAUCGAGGAAAAGAAAGAAAGAAUGCUCUGCCUUCAUCACUCCAGAGAACGAUUCUGACUCGGACUCCAGUUUAGAUGUGGACAAAUGGACAAAACUACUUACACAGUUGUCAGAUUCUGAUAUUGCAAAGAUGGAGGUCCUAUCAAACUUUGUUGAAACUCCAGUCUCUACACCUGUGACGUCUGCAAAAAAGGGAAGAAAGACGAAGCAAACAAAACCUAAAAAGGAGACAAACUCAGCCAAAAAUGAAAAGUCCAAGACAGCAGCAAAGAAAACGAAAGCUAAAACUGACCACAUUCCUGUAAGGACUGAUACAGCUAAGACUUCAAAGAAGUCUGCUGCCAUUUCUGAAGGUGUUAAGACACCGUCCAAAAAAGCCAGAUGUCAUCAUGAAACCUCAGAUCUUAAUAUGGCUGAGACUCCAAAAACAACAAAGGCUAAAGUUCAGAAGCAUAAACCAUCAGAAAAUCAAACUAAUGGACUCAUGAAAACCUACAAGAUGGCCAUUCCAUCUAAAGGAACUGUAGCUGUUGGUCUGUCAGAUUCUGAAAACGUUAAAACUCCUAAAAAAGUUAAAGUGAAGUCAUCGCAUAGUCUUUCUGAGCAGGUCGAGAACCACGCAAAAGCUGUCGCUGAAAAUGACUCGGAAACCAGUAGCUCUCAAACUUUGUCUAAAAAAGCACAGAAAAAAAUUGAAAUGCUGUCUGAAUCCACCAAUUUUAAAACGCCAUCCGAACAGCCGAACAACAGUCUUUCAGGUACUAAAGUAAAGAAAAAGAAAAAUUCCAGCAAGCUUGCAGAGGCUGACUGUGAAGACACAGACGUUAAGAUUGAUAAUACCCACCUGGUGUCUGACCAAUCGGAGACGCCGUCAAAGAAAGUGAAAAACAAGAAGUUACACAGUGUUGUAGAGCUUAUUCCCAGCGAGACUCCUAAGAAGCAUAAAGCUAGGAAAAGUGAUUGUCCUAUUGAUCUUGACAUGGCAAAAACAUCUGAUGUUCUCCAAGAAUCAUCUAACCUUGAACUUCAUGAAAGGCUUUCAGAAGCGGAAGAGGCUGAAACACCGUCCAAAAAAUCCAAGAAGGCCAAGGGUAGGAAAUCACAAGCACAGAAUGAAGAUGAUGAUAAUUGUGGUGAUGGUUUGGAUAAUGAGGAUACAUCCAGCCAAGAUAUAAAAAAACACUCCAAAAAGAGGAAACACAAAAGGGAAGAAGCUAAUGAUGACUUGGCACAAGAGGAGGCCACACCAGAGCCCAAGAAAGCUAAGAAAGAAAAAUGGAAAAACAAAGACGUUGAAAACAUUAUUGAAGAUCAUCAACAACCAUCAGUAGAAGAACCUGUAGAAAUCAGUCAGAAGAAGAAAAAGAAGAAGAAAGACAAAGAGCGAGAGAGUGAUAAUACGGUUUCUGAUGAUCAUCCUGUAUCUACUGCAACCGAGGAGUUGAUUGUUCACAAGAAGAAAAAGAAGAAAAAAGAGAAAAAUUUAAGUAGCGAUGAAGCUCCUGGACUCGAUGACACGCAGAGGUAACAUAUCAGAGGCGGAGGCAACAUUUAGGAUUGAUUCCAUCUGAAUGUAUGUUCUCUACCAACUGUGUAGAUCACAUGUGUAUGUCUGUGUGUUUUAUAUUUUUAUGAAGAAACCUUUAGUAUUGUUUUUUUGUUGUUGAUUUGUUUCUCUUCUAUUUGUACUAUUUUGUAAAUGUUGAAAAGAAUUUUAUGUAUUUGUAUUACUUUUAA